AUGACUCACCGACGGCAAGGUCUUUCUCGCACCUUGCCGAAAGACUUCACUUUUCCUUCAAUAGGGGAGCCCAGGACUCCGGAACGCAACUCAAUCCAGCUGGACGUUCCGCCGCCGCCCCCGCGCCAUUCCAGUUGUCGUUUGCGCAGGUCCCGUGUGCGCUCAGGGACAGAUGUUUUUGCGCAGGCUGAAUAUGAUCGCAAAAUUUUCCACCCUAACCCAUCAGACAUUCCGCUACCAUCCAUUGAAUUUUCUUCUUCGCAUGAUGCAACAGACAUUCAGUCAUGUCUAUCCAUACCCACAAGCAAUGACCGCUUUUUGGCCCCUCCGCGGGAUCGCGUAGCGUUAAAGACCCCACCUGCCCAGAUCCGCGCAGCCCCAGUCGAUCAGUCUACAGAAGAUUGGUCAACGGAUGAUCCUCAGACUAUAGGGGAGAGCAUCGAACGCCCUGGCUCUGCCUGUUCUAAUUCCUCAGUCUCGUCAAUUGAAACAUUUGCCUCUCGGCGCUCAAUGGGUGGAAGCUGUACGAGCAUGGAAAGCGAUAGCUACGACCCAUUUUUCCUUGAAAUUCAACCAAAAUACGUGGAAUCAACUCCAGUGCCCAAGUUCCGGCGGAACAAACCCCCGACUCGCGAACGAUGGACAAGAGAUAUGGACAAUCACUUAUGGAAUACGUAUCAGAUUUACCUCCAGGAUCCUACAAUCACACCCUUCAAAAUGACGCCGGGAAGCAUUCCGCCAUUGGGGGUCACUCACCGAGUAGCGCGAGAGGCAAAGAAAACAUGGGAAAGAAUGCGUUGCAGACUUACCAAACAGCUUCCUUCCACGUCGCAACAAUGUGUGAGCGGCAACUCAACACCAACUCCAAAGACUGACACCCCAAAGAAUAUAUGGCCCAAAUCCGAGGCGUCGACCAGGAGGAGAUUAAAAUAUUUGUGCAAGAGGAAAUUCUGUAUCGCGCCUCAUUACCAAAGGCUGAUGAUGUCCCGAAGCCCGACACCUGCCUUGGACAUGGUCUCUCACUCGUCCCGAGAAUCGUCUCAAGCAGAGGCCUCCACAAGUAGCUCGGCAGUUUACGCCACGCGCGAUCUAGGUAUAUCUCUUGUCUCAAGCUCAGUUCCUGGGCCCUUAACACAGUUGGCAAUGGAGGAGCCACCGAAUAGUAACAGUGGCGAAUGGUUCAGCCAGCCCGUACCGUGUAACGCUCCUCAUGGCGCGGUCGACCCAUUCGCAAAUAGACCGUUUAGCUUUGACGAACGGGAGAUGGUACCCCGACUGGGAUCCCCGUUUACCUAUCAUACGUGGGGUCCUAAUAACUCGAGGAAACGAGUCCAACGUCAUACACCUAGGGCUCGAAGAGAAACAAUUCAUGUUACAGGCUCUCGGUUGCGGUCCCCUCCCCGUAUGGACUUAUUCUCAAAUGCGGAUAACCCUAAUAUUGCUCAAGAUUCAAUGGCAACCCUGGAAUCUCCGAGCGAUGAAGAAACACGACAAAACUUAGAGGAGCUUUUCCGACAGGGAAAACUAAAUGACAUUGGCCAGCAUCGCGUACGAAUUCGAAACCGUGGAGCCACGAUGAGUUCGGUUAAUUCCGGAGGCCUUGACCAGCUCUUUUCCCCGCCAUCGUCUUCAUCUAGAAAUGACGAGAGCUAUCGCGAGGACAAGCCCGCUCCUCACCUGCGGAGCCUUAGUGGGGAGGCCAUCAAACGACUUGGUUCACCUUUCAAGAUUGACCCACCCAAACGAGCCGGCGACACGCCGGCCAGAUUUAUCAGGCAUGCACCGUCCCGUUCGGAGCCAUUUGCACGUGUACUUCUGCCUCAGGCAAGACAGACAGCUCCGGUUGGCGGGCAGGGAAUGUCGAAUACCCUGCCAUACGAUCCAACUGAACCUGGUCUAUCGGAUGCAGAGCGGAUCCGGAGACAGAUUCUGAAUAUGUCUUACUCACGACAAUAA